AUGGCCUACCAAGCCUUCCAUCUCUCCGGAGUCGGCAAAUUGAUGCGAGACUUAUCUGGAAGAAUAGCAUCACGGGCUCGAUACAUCGAUGGACGCUAUCCAUUCGAAUGCUGUCAGGGUGACCUUAAGCAAGAAGCUGUUUGGAUUUAUGAUGUCAUUGCAGACGAUGGUCAAAAAUGGUUAUCAGCAAUCAGUUCAUCCACCGUGUUACUAGUAGUAUUUGUCCCCUUCGUCUUUGAAAGCGUCAACUUUGUGUCCACUUGUACCUUCAUCCUCUUAUGCUCGUCUCUAAUCCACAAUUUCUUUAACAUCAUAGGAUGGAAUCGAAAGGUCAUGGAUGAACUGGAGUCUAUGCAGAAAAAAAUGGCUCAAUUGGAGGCCGCUCUACAGAAGGCAGUCGUUGAUAAGCAUAAGGAAGUGGAGGUUGGGCUUAGUCUUUUGCACGAAAGAGAGAAUCUAAGAUUGAAACUUGGUCGACUCCGAGCGAAGCUCCUUACGAGCAAAGUCGAAGCGAACCAAACCAAUCAGGAUUGGGGAACGUUCGAAAACAUAAAAGAAAAGAGGAAAGAUGGCUACUGUGAACAGUCUAGUCCUCCACAGGUUAAGAAAACGAACGAAUCACCAAAGGAUGAGCACAUAGCCGCACAACUAUUCCAAGCGACGGCAACCGAACAUGCCGAAUAUGCCCUCGUCGAUUCUGUACCAGGUGCUGUUCGUAAUGGUAGUGGCAAGAACCAUUUGUUCUCUGUGCUUGCAAGAGUGAAGCAGGAAGAUUUGAAGGAAACAUUUGAAGAGCAUGAUCAUUCUAAACCCAGAAGAAAGUGGGCCAACGAUUCAGUUAAUGGGGAGCUAUCGAAUUUAUCAGCGGAAUCUGAGCCCAUGGUUGCAAAGGUGCCGACUUGUGCUGAUGAUAGGCCGCCACUGAAGCCAAUUUCUGCAGUAGAGAGAAUGGUCGCAAGAAUUGGUCGUGAAGAAGGGAAAGGUUUUGGAAAACUUAAGCAAGGCGUAACUGAACCAGUUACGUUAUCCACUCAGCGUGAACGCGUUGGUCUUGGACAUGUGAUCGAUAAAUCUGUGGAUAGUGAUCUGAUAGAAAUCUGGGAUGAGUCAAAGGAGGAAAAAACUGUUCAAGAAAAUGUAUAUUGGCUGCCUACAUGUGAACGAGGCACUCGUGACUGGGUUGUAGACAAUCUUGAACGAUCCGAUUGGAUUCAGAUAGGAGAGGAAAUUCGCCGGCUUUCUUUUGAUUUCUAUGAAGUGCCAAUGUCGAAUGCUGAAACGUAUUUCCAGAAGAAAACGAAAAUAGACGAUGAAACAGAGUUUUGUGAUGGCAAAAUUUUGCGAACAAUGAUUAAAGCUAAGGAGGUGUUUAAUGCGAUUCCCGAGUGUGAUUUGCGAGAUGCACGGACUAGAGCUAAUCCUUAUGAAACGAUCAGAGGAGCAUUUUUUCAGAAUCGAUCUGCGAUGAAAGUUGCUAAUUUGGAUAAAGUCUUUGGUUUUCUUUUAAGUGGAGAGACGGAGGAGAGUCUUUUGAGCAAAAAUCCUCUGGUAUCCGAAAGACCAAAUUUCAACUGUGAUCGAGACGCUCCUCUGUUUUACUUCGCUGAUGUGUGCGGUGGUCCUGGUGGAUUCUCAGAGUACAUGUUAUGGCGGAAAGCUUUCUGUAAUGCGAAGGGAUUUGGUUUCACACUUAAGGGAAAGGACGACUUCAAUUUUGGGAGGUUUACGGCUUCUUCUGCAUAUUAUUUGGAGCCUUACUAUGGCAAGCACGGUGAUGGUGACACUAUGAAUCCAGAAAAUAUAGACUCUUUUGAGAAAUUUGUAAUGAGAGGGACCAACGGUGUUGGGGUAGAUUUAAUGAUGGCCGACGGUGCUUACGGCUUGGAAGGAAGUGAAACUAUACAGGAGAUCGUUCUCAAACGUCUUUGUCUCUGUCAAUUGUUAGUUUCUCUUUGUAUUGUCCGCGAGAAGGGCACUUUUUUCUGCACUUUUUUCGACGUAUUUACUCCAUUCAGUGCGGGGCUGAUAUAUUUGAUGAGUGUUGCGUAUGAUCAAGUGUCACUACAUAAGCCUCACAGUAGUCGGCCAGCCAACUCCGAGAGGUACAUCGUUUGUAAGGGUCUUCGUAAAAAAUACUCCGGUGUCAUAAGUGACUACCUCAAACGGAUCAAUUUGAAGCUGGACGAGUUGGCUAAGGCUAAUUCAUCACAGGAUGUUGUGAGCAUAGUACCUUUAGAGAUAAUGCGAAGCGACGAGGCGUUUACGACCUAUCUUAAAACACACAAUGAAAGAAUAGCAGUUCGUCAAUCAACAUAUCUUUGGAAGUAUCUAUGCUACACCAAAAAUAAAUCGUUAGUAGAUAAAGACCAAGCCGCUCUUCGUAGUGGUUGUCUGAAGUAUUGGUUAGUUCCAAAUAGAACACUCAAUAGGAGAGGUGCGGAGCAUCAUCGAAUACAUCCGGACGAGUACUUGGGAAAGUUUGCUAAAAAGAUCUAUAGUUGUGACGACUUUAAUGCCAGGCUUCCACAGUUUACUGUGGAACUCUUAACACAGAGAGUAUUCAAAGAACUGAAAUAUGCUGAAUUUUCUCUAAAUAUUUUAUCAAAUAGAGCAACCACUAAGCCCGAGCUGCUCAUCUCAACAGGGGAUGCUGUUUACGUCUGGAAGAAGUACUGGGAGAAAAUGGACAGCAGUUUAAUGAGGAUUCCAGAUAGAACUGUGUUAUUGGUUGAGAGAGCGACCAGCUACAAAUUGGCAAGUGUGGACAAACAUCUGGAAACAGUGGCAGUUGACGGCCUUAUUCGUAUAUUGGAUGCAGCUGUCAUCAAUGGAGAUGAUGUGUCUGGUCUUUUGUAUUCCAAGCGCAUGGCAGCGGCCCAAAAGUUUUGUAAAGCACUACAAUUGGUUAUCCCUAAGGUGCGAAUAGGUUUGGGAUUCCACGAGAGAUAUGUCGUUCCUUAUCAGUUGGUAACGGCGGAGUCUUUUACAUUUGAUCAGCUGCCGCAGGUUCGUCGGAGGUUUUCGCGCGUGCGUCACUCAGGUGAAGAAGUGCUUGUUAUUGAAGAGAAUGGAUAUUUGAUAAUCUGUGAAGCCCUUCGAGUUGCUCGUCUUCUUAAAGAAUCGUGGAAAAUGGGAUGGUCAUGUAGCAAGUUGCGGAAUUACGCCUUCUCUCCUUCUCAACCCACUCUGGGAAGCUUUUUCGAACAACAAUGGGAGGAGGCUGGAUGUUGUUCGUCGUUCUGGGAAUGUUCAGUGCCAUCAGAACAAGCUCCAGAUAAUGUUCCUAUGCAGUCUAUUUGGAGUUGGGAGAACAGUUUGGAUUCGAACAAAAGUGGACCAAGUGUAGAUUCCAUACUUUGUAUAGUGGCUGGGACGAACCAAGAAUGUGGAAAAAACUAG